CUUAAACCAAAACGUCGACGUAUAUAUACCACAACAGCGCCGUUUCUUUUCUACCAAAAUUCUGCAAAACCCUAAUUCUACUACACGAUGCCUCAAGGAGAUUACAUCGAGCUGCACAGGAAGAGGAAUGGCUACCGCCAUGACCACUUCGAGCGCAAGCGCAAGAAGGAGGCUCGUGAAGUUCACAAGCGCUCUAAAAUCGCGCAAAACACAUUGGGUAUUAAGGGUAAGAUGUUUGCAAAGAAGCGGUAUGCUGAGAAGGCGCUAUUGAAGAAAACGUUGGCUAUGCACGAGGAGUCAUCAACUAGGCGCAAGGUUGAUGAUAAUGUCCGGGAAGGAGCUCUCCCUGCAUACCUUCUUGACCGUGAUGAGACCACAAGAGCGAAGGUUCUUAGCAAUACUGUCAAGCAAAAGCAGAAAGAAAAGGCAGGAAAAUGGGACGUUCCUCUUCCAAAGGUUAGACCUGUUGCUGAAGAUGAGAUGUUUAGGGUAAUCAGAUCUGGUAAAAGGAAAACCAAGCAGUGGAAGAGGAUGAUCACAAAGGCCACAUUUGUAGGACCAAGUUUCACAAGGAAACCUCCGAAGUAUGAGCGUUUCAUUCGCCCAUCUGGUCUACGUUUUACAAAAGCACACGUAACACACCCUGAACUGAAGUGCACUUUCAAUUUGGAGAUCAUUGGUGUAAAGAAGAAUCCAAAUGGCCCCAUGUAUACUUCUCUCGGAGUUAUGACUAGGGGAACCAUUAUCGAGGUCAAUUGUAGUGAACUUGGACUCGUCACGCCUGCUGGGAAAGUUGUGUGGGGAAAAUAUGCGCAAGUUACUAAUAAUCCUGAAAACGAUGGUUGCAUCAAUGCUGUUUUGCUUGUAUAAUGGCCAUGUGUUUACCAAUCUACAUUCCUUGUUUGUUGCAGUAAUCGCAUAUGGGCUGCUAAAUACUUGCUACUGGUUUUGUUUAAGCUCAACUAGUUAAUUUAUGUAGCAAAAUUUUGGAAGUGUCAAACUGCAAUAUUCCAGGGAUUUUUACAUUUUCUA